AUGGACGGUUUGCAGUUGAUUUUUAUUGACCGCAUUUCCGAACCCACCGAUGAUGCAUCCCUGACUGUCGUGAGUGAAAAAGGAGCCGAUGUUACGCAGGAGUCGUCGUGCAGCUCGAAAUGUGGCGGCUCGCCGCUGAAGUUUCACUUCAUGACGUUGAAGGACCUGGAGACGCUGGUUGUAGUGCUGAAAUGCAAGAAUGCAAAGUUUGUUCGUGACGGAGUGCCGUUUGAUUUGAAAACAGUCUGCGACCCGUUUAUUUGGGUUGCUUGCGAUGCUACCGACUUUCACCAUACCGCAUUGAUGGGUUUAACGAAGAAAAACAAGACCGUUGUGACUUAUCAGGUCGGGGCGCUGGGUGAGUUCUUUUUGAUACUGUUAUGCAUAGCACGGUUGACGUAG